AUGAUGUCGAGUGAUAACAAUAUAAUACCCCAGGUGGGUAGAGCAGACUGCUCACAGUCCCACCCUGUUUCUACAGGCAGCUCCACGGAUUCUGGGAAGAGCAAUCAACCGACCAGCAUGCCAAAUAUGGAAACAAAUACACAGGAUGAAGAAAUGACGAACCCCUUCCAGAGAAGGGAAUCAGUAGCGAGAUCUCCGCCCAUGCUUAGGCAUGCGAUAGAAGCCAACAAGCUUGACAGUACAGAGGCAGACGAAUGUUUUGAGAACCUAGGAAAUGCAGGAACAAGUACCGACAUAACCGAUGGAAAUGACGGCGCGAGACGGGAACCCAAAAGAAAAAGAGAAGACACCCCCGUGAAGAUGAAAACCAAUGAAACGAAUUAUCUACAUAGAAUGGAAAAAGAACACGACAUGUUGAAGGAAUUGAUGAGGAGAACAACAAAUGAGAUAAAGACCCUUCGAAAGCUUAUAAAAAAGAUUCCCAAUACGAAGAAACAGAUAAGAACGGCGAUAAACAAGCUGGAUGAAUUCUCCAAAAGAAUGCCGAAUGCCACAAAGUACAUUGAGGAAUUAAUGGAGGAGCUGAGAACAACUGGAUAUAAAAACGAGACAGCUGCGGUCAGGAAUACUACUGAAAUGGGUACACAGACAAUCAGCAAACAACAUGCAGAAAAACUAAAAGUAAUGGCAAGAAUUGAAGAUGCACUGGACAAGGAACUUAGUGACAAUGAACUAAAGGAGAUUAUAGACCUCAAAUGGCCCGAGGAAAUAUACAAAAAAAUGCCCAUUAGGCGAAGCCGGAGAAUGCAUAAGGGAAGAUGAGGACGUAAUCAUAAUCAUGCAAGCGGGUAGAGAGAUGGAUGAUAUAUCAAUUAGGAACAGCAUCGAAAGAAAUCCACAGCUAAUGAUGGCACAGCAAGUAGGCAACUUGGAACCAGGGAGAAUGAUCUGCAGUAAAACAAUAAAUGAGCUGAUUGGCGAGGAUGACGCAUUUGAAGACACUGUAGAAAAAUAUACGUACCUCAUUAUGACAGAAGGCGACGGAACCACACCUAGAGAUACAUGCAUCCUAAGAAAGAACCUAGAUAAAACCAUUGAAUUAUCGAACAAAAACACGAGAGAUAAAAUUGCGUGUACGAUGACCAAACGAAUGGAUGAAAAAUAUGUGAGGAAGAUGCUGGAAUACGUCUGCAGAAAGAAAAACACCGAUAUCAAAAUGCACACCAAUAGACCAAAACAUGGCGCACGUGGCACAAAAGAAGGUGACGAAGCCCUUGCAGUGAACAGAAGACGGAAAGCAAGAGACAAAGAUACAAUUAUAC